UAAUCAAACGCGCACAAGGGCCGACGGGAAGAAUGCCCAAGGCGGUGCCAUAACCGACGCAAGAGUCGACUCGAGACGCAAGAGAAGAGAGGGGCGCGAGAAGGCUUCGCCGGGGCAGGAUCGUUGAGGCCACGAAAGAUGUCUUACUCAAGGGGAUCAAGGUAUGAAUCUCGCUCACCUUACAGGAGAAGCAGCUAUUCAAGGUACAGAAGUCGCUCUAGGAGUGUGGACUCAAGUGAUGCUGAAAACCCUGGGAACAACCUGUAUGUGACUGGUCUGUCAGCUCGUGUAACUGAUCGAGAUCUGGAGAAGCACUUCUCUACUGAGGGAGAGGUGAUUGAUGCGAGCGUUGUGCAUGAUCCUUGGACAAGGGAAUCACGAGGGUUUGGUUUUGUUACCAUGGCUACUGUUAAGGAGGCAGAUCGUUGCAUCAAAUAUCUGGACCGUUCUGUUUUGGAAGGUCGUGUCAUAACUGUUGAAAAGGCAAAAAGAAGACGAGGUAGAACGCCAACACCUGGGAAGUAUCUUGGUACGAAAUCAUCACGUGGACGGAGGUAUUCCCCAAGCUACUCACCUGUUCGGAGGGACCGUUACAGUUCACGAUAUUCACCUGAUCGUGAACGGUCUUAUUCUCCUUAUAGUAGACGCCGAUCGUACUCCCCCUAUGGCAGGCGAAGAUCACGCUCCCCCUACGACAGACGGAGAUCAUACUCACCCUAUGAUCGACGCUGGUCAUACUCGCCAUACUACAGCAGCCGGUACCGUUCAAGGUCUCCAUAUCGCUACAGGAGACGUAGGUCACCUUCCUAUGACCGAUCCACUUCACCCUACAGGCGCCGAUAUAGAUCUGUCUCCAGGUCAUCCAGUGCUUCUCCAAGGGGCAGAGGCCGGAGCUAUUCCCGCAGUUUAUCGCCAGAGAGAAGCUACUCACGAAGCUGCUCCCCAGUGUCAGAAAGAUCGGCGAGCUACUCUCCAAAGAAAGGGCGUAGUAGAAAGGAACACUCACGCAGCAGAUCUUCUGGCAAGAGGCGUCGUUCAAGGGAAAGCUAUUCUCAUAGCCGCAGCUCGUACUCUAGGUCUGUCUCUAGAGAGCGCUCAGCUUGAGCUGCAGGCCUGUGUCCUAGUCUCCUUGGUAAGAAUAAGAUGCGCCCUGUAUCCAUGGAAAUUGAUGUAUGUUAAACGUCUUUAUGUGGGUACUCUAAAGUCUGAACUUUCAGUAGCGUGGGAUGUGUGUAUUUUACUGUAUUAUGUUUACUUUGUAUGAGGUCCUGCUACAUUUCAGAUGUGUUAUUGAUUUUGUUGGUCU